UCUACUGUGAGGCUGCAAGAGUUAAUAUACAGUAUAACCCUGUUUAUUCUUCUGUCUGACAGAACCAGUGGUCCAAAUGACUGGGCCAGUGAUACAAAUAGAGGCCUAUGGGACCAGAGGUACUUUGUCAACCUGCCCCCCUAUUCUCGCAACAGCAUUAGUAAGAACCAGCUACUGCCGCAUACAGAUCAGUCCCCCCCUUCAAGGUUGGUUGGACCCCCUUCCAAUCUGAUAUUAAUGGUCUAUGCUAAGGAAGGACAGGACAUUUAUAAGGAAAAAAAAGUCCCAGAAAACCACUUUUUAAAUUUUGACAAAUAACAUUACCAACAACUUCCUAAUAUAUUGUUAUGACCAAAACCAUUCUGGAAGUCCCAACCACCAGAAAGCAGAAGGUUUAUUCCCAGAUCAGACCUGAGGAUUAUUACAAUGCAAAUAUCGUAAGUACAGACUAGAGGAUGGAACCUAACAAUGUAGAAGCCAUCCCCACCUAUACCAAGGUUCACAGACUGCACUCAAUUAAGGAAGAUGAUUCGGAAGCCAUAGAACCGAUGGCGGAACUUACCAACCAAUUACCAAUAGAAGAUAAGAGUCUGGAACAUUUAGAAGAAUGCGCCAAUGGACAAAGUCAGGUGUCGGGACUUACAGCGGCUGUCCACAGCUCAAGAUCCAUUGUUGCCUCUAUGAAAAAGGCCAUAUCGUCCAUAAAUCCCAAUGCGGUUUCCUCAGUUCAAGAUUUCAUCCACAUUAAUGACUGCCUUAAAGAAAAGUCAGAAAAAAAUCCUGAGCAAACAGAAGCCAUUGUGUCUGAUCUCAACAUCUAUCUUGUUAUGGUCCGAGGAGGUGUCCCUGACCCCAAACUUCAAGCAGAACUAAGGAAUAGACUCCGUCUGCUGGAAAAUGAUAACAAAGAAGUGGCUGCAGUCUUCUGCGAGUUGUCGGCUCGACUGCUUUCUAUUGAGAGUGAUAAGGACAUAAUAACGGUGACGUUCAGAACGCUUGAAGAGAUAUGGAAGUUUUCUACCUACUAUUCCCUUGGAUUAGUAAAUCACUGCAUGGAGAACAUAUUUUUAGACCAGUCUUUUUGGUUGACUUCUCCGGAGGAAGAAGAUACCGGGAUUAAAGUCCUGUUAAGUGAAGCAUCACUAAGUCUCAUCUACAAGAGUCUUUUAAUGGAAGAAGGCAUGUACUUUGUUCUGUGUUCUGACAACUCUGUAGAGCAGGCUGUGGUUGUCGAUGGUACUGUACAGAUAAUGCAGUCUAGUGCUGCUGAAGGUCCCAGUACUGCAUGGCCAGAGACGGACCCAUCCACCAGUGAUAGAGAACUGAGCCCUCAGACUAUCACUGAGCCGCUAUGUCCAUUCCAUCAGUGGUUCCUGAAGACAAAUUUAUCUGCUGAUCUAAUGGGCAUUUCCAAGUCUGGACAUGGAAACCAUAUUGUAUCUACAGGUUGGGUGGAAGCCAUGAUAAAUCAUGAAGGUGAAGCCCCGGAUGAGAUCAGCUAUCAGAGUGGAGAUAUGAUAGAAAUAGUCACCACUUACAUUGAAUGCAUGGAGUGGUUUGUGGGAAGAAAUUUAACCACUGGGAGUGUUGGAUUUGUACAAACCUACAAUAUGAAGCCUUAUAUGUCGGACAAAGGACAAAAGAGCACAUCUUUUCCCAUAGAUGACAAUGGACUGAGCAGAGAAGGCCCAGAAGAAGAUCUUGACUUUGAGGAAGCAAAGAUUUUACUUAAAAACAUAUCACAAUCUGAUGUCUGCCACUUGUACAAGCUUGAUCAAUUUAAGGAAACCGACAUUUUUCAAAAUAAAGAAAAUGUACAAGCAAAGUCAACUAGUAGCAGCAAUAACUUGAAAGAAAAGUUGGAGGCAUUUAUGAACAUGUCUGCCAUUUGCCUGCCUAGCUUGGAUACUUCCAAUGACUUACAAGAUGUGGGCUCUGUCCCUUCCCAAGUCUCGACCAUUCUUGAUGAAUGUGAAGACCCCAUCUUUUGUAUUUGUGUAGAAGGGGAGAAUCACGACUCAUUACAACCUUUACUGUCAUUUCUUAACAAUGAACAGUUUCAACAAAGCUUCAAAAAGCUUUAUGACGUCUCGUACACGUUCUUACAAACCUUAUUUCAUGGAUACAAUGAAGAAGAGUUGGUUCGGUAUCUCAGUAUAGCAAGAGGAGAAGCUAAGAAGUCCUGUAUGAAGUGGGCUCAGGCAAGAAUUUGCUUUCUUCUUGGCAGGCUCUGCACCAAGAAAAACAAGUUCUCCCAAGCUCGAGUUUACUUCGAAGAAGCCAUGGGAGUUAUUAAUGGGGAUUUUUCAGAUAUUUUUCUUUUUGCUGCUGUCCAAGUGAACCUGAAUGCUAUUUACUUGAAACAAAAAUCUAAGGACAAAAGUUGUCAAAUGAUCGACAAGUCUUCAGCAUUGCUCCUUGGACUACAAAACUAUAUAAACUGCACCGAAAUGGAAUCUACAAUUCUGAAAUAUGCCAUGAAAAAGGCAAUACUCAGGCAAGACUUGAAGAGCGAGGUGAAAGUGUGUCAGCUUCUGGCCAAGACUUUCAUUGACUUGAGACAACACAAUGAAGCUUUGCCAUUUAUAGAGAGGCUACAAGCCUUGGACAACUUAAUGGACACUAGUAAGAGUUUUUCCUCAGAAUACUACUUCCAGUUGGCCGACAUUUAUACUAAAAAGUGUUUGCCAAACCUAACCUUCAGCUGCGUUAAAGUAGCUUCUCAGACUUCCUGUAGCAUCAUGGACUCUCUAAGAAGGAUUAGUUUUAUCAACAAAAAUUCUUCUAAACCUUGUGGAACAAAAAAGCCAAGUAAGAUAUUUCCAUCUCAAGUCGCAUAUCAUCUAAAACAUGCCCUUAAAUCAGUGGUCACCGACCAAGACCAGGAGCUCUGUUGUUUCAUAUACCUAAGCCUAGCGGACAUGUGCUCAAAUCACAGAUUGUAUGAAGACGCUCGAUCCUAUAUCAUGAAGGCAAUGGACUCAUACCUCAUGGAUAUAAAAUACAGAGUGGACAUUUUGGUAUCUCUUGCUUGGCUCUACAUGCUUGAUGGAGAGAACAGUGUUUCUCUUGAUAUAUUAAACAGAUUGGUGUCCUUUUCUUACUGUACACAACACCAGCUUGGAAUUGCACACAACCUCGUUGGUAUUGCUCUAAGAGGAGAAGGUAAAAUUGAAGAAUCUGCUAGACAUUACUGUAUGGCUCUUCAGAUCUCUAGAGAGGUGGGAAAUGUGCAGGACCAGGCAGCUGUGCUGGCCAACUUUGGCAUGUUAUUCUUGCACUUAAAGGCUCGGAUUUUGGCAGAAGUGUUCUUGGUUAAAUCUGUGACCCUUUAUUCUGGACUACCAAUGGUGGAAAUUGGUCCCAAUUUUAUAUAUGUCUUAUUAAUGCUUGGGAGCCACUACAUCGCAGGAGACCAUAAGGAAGAGGGAAAAUCUUUCUAUGAAUGGGCGCUCCUUGUUGCAAUGGAAUCAAAUCAUCUGGAAGGCCAGCUUCGUGCAGUACAGCUCCUAUGUCAUUUUUACAACACACUUGAAGUCAAUGAGGCCCAGUGCAUCAUCUAUAAUGAAUACCAGCUGUCCUUAGCCAAGAAAAUGUCUGACAAAGUAUUGGAGGGUCAAGUGCUUGAAACUAUUAGCCAGCUGUAUUUAUCUUUAGGUACUGAGAGGGCCUGUAGAUCAGCACUGGAAUAUACCAAAAGAAGUCUGGGAAUUUUUAUUGAUCUUCAGUCUAAAGAGAGAGAAGCCUACGCUUGGUUAAUGGCUGGAAAGAUUUAUUAUAUUCUUGGCCAGAAUGAGCUGGUGGAUCUGUAUAUUCAGGUAGCUCAGAAUGUGGCUCUGUGCACAGGAGACCCGCAGCUCGGCAUGGAGCUGUAUGAAGCCAGUGGGGACAUAUUCUUCAAUGGAGCCAGUGAUCGAAAUAAGGCAACAACCUUCUACAGGGACUGCGCUCUGCCGCUGGCUGUAAAGACAGAGAAUGUGACGGCUGAACUGCGACUGUGCAAUAAACUCACAGAGCUGCUGAUCAGCACGAAAAGCUACGAGGAAGCCUUGGAGCACGCGAAAAUGGCACUGGCCCUGAGCGUCAAUUUAGGGAAUCCACUGAAUGAACGGGUCUCCUAUCACAGAUUAGCCGGGAUCUACAGCCAUCUGAAUCAGUCAGAACUCGCAGAGCAUUUCUACCUGAAGGCGCUUUCCCUCUGCUCAUCUCCCCUGCAACUAGAAGAAGAGUCUGUUUACUACAUGAAGGUCUACCUGGUCCUGGGGGACAUCAUAUUCUAUGAUCUGAAGGAUCCCUAUGAUGCGGCUGGAUACUAUCAUCUCGCCCUGGCCGCUGCUAUGGAUUUAGGCAACAAGAAGUCCCAGCUGAAGAUUUACACCCGACUUGCCGUCAUUUACCAUAAUUUUCUAGUUGACAGAGAAAAGUCACUUUACUUCUAUCAGAAAGCCCGGACCUUCGCCACAGAACUCAACGUACGAAGGAUAAACCUGUCUCCUGGACAGCAGUACCAAAACCUAGCGCGGACUUACAGCUGCUGAACAAGUAGCGCAGAUAUUUUGUAUUGAGAAUAAUCUUUUUUUUUUAUUCCUUAUUGUAAAUGUUGCAAAAGAAGUAAUAAACCCUAUUGAUACGA